UUAACAUUUAAGUAUUUAACCAUCUUCUUUUUGCAGCAGGAGGGAGACAUUGACCAUGGAGUUUCUGGACGAGGACGCCAGACCCAGAUUUGUCCUCCACUCCAAGCCCUUACCUCAAUCCCAUGCCGCCGCCGCCGACGACGAUUCACAUCCUCUAAAACCCUCUCUACACCGACCUACUCUCUUCAUCUCCCUCUCUCUCUCCAUCCCUCUUCUUGUUCUCUCCCUAUUUUACUUCACCUCUGAGCCUCUGAGAUCCAUCCUUUUAUGGCUUUCAAUUUCCCUCCUCAUUGGCCCCUUUGCGCCGCUGUCCAUCACCGCCGGCGAUAUCCGUGUCGGGGUCGGCCCUCCUGUCCAAUUCAACGAUCCCAUUGAUGCUGAGCCUGAAAAUAAGAAAUCCGGUAAGAGAUCAGGGAAACCCGUUAGGAAGUCCAUUGAAUCCGGAUCUGGGUCUAUUGCCACCCAUGCUCCAGAACCCGUAAAGAUCAACGGGUCGACCGAGAAAAGUGAGGGGAAAUUGAAAUUGGGGAAUGGAGUGGUGGAGGAGAAGGAUUGGAGCGAAGGAGAUGUGGAGGUGUUGAGGAAGUUGUUGGGGAAGCAUCCUGUGGGCAAGCCGGGAAGAUGGGAGGCGAUAGCGGAGGAGGGGUUUAAGGGGCGGCAUAGAGUGGAGAGUGUGAUCAGGAAGGCGAAAGAAUUGGGAGAGAAGAGAAGGAGCAAUGAGGAUUCGUAUCAGAAAUUUCUCAAGGACCGAAAGCAGGUAGAUAAGCGCAUGGAGGUCGAAAACGCAGAAAAAAUGGAGGCUUCUUCGGAAUCAACAAGAGAGAACAACGAUAGUGUGUGGAGUAGCGGGGAGGAUUUAGCUCUUCUUAAUGCAUUGAAGGCAUUUCCUAAGGAUGUGGCAAUGAGGUGGGAGAAGAUUACUGCAGCUGUGCCAGGGAAAACCAAGGCUGCUUGCAUGAAGAGAGUAACUCACUUGAAGAGGGAUUUUAGGAGUUCCAAGGCUGCGACUGCUGAGGCUUAAGACAAGGAUCAAAUAUUUUCUUGAGGUUCAUUUUAUUAUGAUAUACAAACAUAAUUUACUCAUAGCCUGAUUUCUUGAGGAGCUUAGAGACUUAGUUUAUUAUGAGAUAUGACAUUUUAACUUGACAUUAUUUUAAUGAAUAAUAAUUUGAUUUUAUAGU